AUCCCUGACAUCUGAGGAGCUCCCGGGAUUGAGCGAGCAUGCUCUGAGGAAACGGGUUCCUUCGAGUCAUACCAAGCUGAGCCUGCGUGUCAGUACAGUUGACUUUACAGCUGGCUGUAAGGUUAGGAAGAACUGGCACUACCUUUUUUUUUUGUCUGAACAUACAUUUAUACAUUCUUUACAAGUAUUAUACAAACUCCAUUUUAAUUUUUUUUUUGUCGGGAACUAUUUAAAAAAAAAAAAAAAAAGCGUUUUGAACCUUGAUUCGAUGAUAUUAUUUUUGCGCGUAGAAAACUUGAGCUGAAGGCUGGGCCUUUUUUAACUGCUCUGUGUCGACCGACUCGUCCACGUAAAUUAAACCGACUGCGGUCGCAUCAUUUUCCUCUCGACUCGGGUUGGAAGCAAAAUAAAGUCUUUUUUUUUUUUCUUUCUUUAUUUGUUGCUAAAACUGUUAAAUGCUUGUUACAAAAAUGGAUCUGUUGAAUUAUCAGUACCUGGACAAAAUGAACAACAACAUCGGCAUACUCUGCUAUGAAGGCGAGGCAGCCCUGCGAGGUGACCCCAGGAUGCACCAGUCCAUGUCCCUGUCAUCAUCUGGCGGCACCAACCAUAGUCACCGGACAGGUCCUCCUCCCAUCAGCCCCGGCAAGAGGAAGCACAGUCUCAGCCACAGCACAGGGCAGGACCAACAGGACAAUGAUGACCAAGACUGUGACAACCAACACGUGGCCAAGAUGAGCCGGCUGUUUGCUGCACAGCUAGGCAAGCCUUCCAACGGAAACUAUCGUAGUUCCAAGGACCCAAGGGACCGCAGCCGCAGCCCCAUAGAGAGAGCCGCCGCCCCCUCCAUGGGUCUCCAUGGCAACCACCACCUGUACGCCCCCCACCGCCACAUGCCCUGCCUGGCCAUGGACCAGCCUCUCGCCCUGACUAAAAACAACAUGGACGCCGCCCGCACCCUCGCCAUCUCGCCCACCGUCAGUCCUGUGGAACGCCAGCAGAAUCGUCCGUCAGUGAUAACGUGCGCUCCGGCCAACAACCGUAACUGUAACCUGCCUAACAACGGCUGUUCUAACAACCUGCCUAACAACGGCUGUUCCAACAACCUGCCUAACAACUACAGCAGGAGACCAGCCAGCAACUCCAAUACGGUGUGUGUUGACCCAGUGAUCGAGGAGCAUUUCCGUCGCAGCCUGGGGAGGAACUACAAGCAGCCGGAACCCGUCACUAACUCUGUGUCCAUCACCGGCUCUGUGGACGACCAUUUCACCAAGGCCUUAGGAGAGACCUGGCUGCAGAUCAAAGCCAAAGGAAGCUCCUCCUCCUCCCCUGACUCCUCCCCCAACAGUCACAUGGUCAACCACAACCACUCCCCUUCGGUUGUGUCCUGAAGGGAGGAGCUAGAGUAGGCCAAUCAGAGCCAGCUAUAACCCGCCCUGUUCACUGUUACCACAGGGCUGGUUGACCCGCUACUGGGAGGGUAUUGUUUGUUUUGCUCCAGCCCUACACUAACGCCAUCUAACACACCUGGAGCAACUAAUUUUAGAUCAGGGUCGUAUUCACUUCCUUUUCUGUUGUUAAUUAGCUAUAAUGUGCACAAAUGCAUACGACCCUGCUUUAUAACAGGGCUGGAGUAAAACCCUGCAUCCUACAGUAGCUCUGUAGCUGGGAUAGGGGGUUGGCCUUGGUCCCUGGUAUGACUACCCUGAAUGAUUUUGGCCCCACAGAGAGCUGUGUAUUUUAAUAGCUAGCUAUAUAGCCAUGUACAUAGAGGAUAGAGGGGCGUUUCCUUUUUGGCAUUUAGUUGGAUUGUAUUAUUUUGUUGAAGUAGGUUUGUGUUAUUGGAUGCCCAAAAAACGUUGACAAGAAAAGCGUUUGUUUCUAUCCUAUGGAUUCUAUAUGGAGAAGCAGCUCAACCAACCACAUGCCUUCGUUACCAAAGAGAACUCGGAAUGCAAAUCUGUCACCCCAUAACAAAAGAAAAAGCCAUUAUUUUAUUUCAUCCAUCUGAUGCAUUUCCCUUUCCAUCUCUCUGGCACUCCACUGUAAAGUAUCGUCUCCCGUCAUCUACCCUCCUCCCCUGUCCUCCCAUCUCCUCUUCUCUCCUCUCCUCUCCUCCCAUCUUCUCCUCUCUCCUCUACCCUCCUCCUCUUCUCCCCUCUCCCAUCUUCUCUCCUCUACCCCUCCUCUUCAUCUCUCCUCCCAUCUCCUCUACCCUCCUCCUAUCCUCUCCCCUCCCAUCUCCUCUUUUCUCCUCUACCCUCCCCCCUCCUCUCCUCCCAUCUCCUCUUCUCUCCUCUACCCUCCUCCUAUCCUCUCCUCCCAUCUCCUCUUCUCUCCUCUACCCUCUGCCUAUCCUCUCCUCUCUCCUCCCAUCUCCUCUUCUCUCCUCUACCCUCCUCCACUCCUCUCCUCCCAUCUUCUCUCCUCUACCCUCUUCUCUCCCCUCUCCUCUACCCUCCUCCCAUCUUCUCUCCUCCUCUCCUCUCUCUUCUCUACCCUCCUCUCCUCCCAUCUCCUCUCCUCUCCUCCCAUCUCCUCUCUCUCCUCUACCCUCCUCUUCUCUUCCCUCCACUCCUCUUCUCUCCUCUCAUCUCCUCUUCUCACCUCCUCUCUCCCCCCUUUUCUCCAGUUGUCUUGUAUGUCAGUUACAUGUGUACUUGAAAAGACAAGGCCGACUGAUUUGCACUAAUGUUGAGGGACCUGGGGUUGCAUAUCAACCUCACGAUGGAGACGCUACACUCUACAUGCUGAUAACAUACGCUAUAACAAUACUUUUAUAAGUGUAGAGAUUCGGUUCUGUGUCGUUGCAUCAUGUGGUCAAAACAGCCUUUUCUUUCUGGGGCGGAGAUGAGAGAUGGUGGAGCAUCUUUCUCUAUUCUAACAACUGGUCUGUUCUUUUUUAUUUUCUAUUUCUCAUGAGGCAUUUGUUGAAUUAGGUACCAUUUCGGAUGCAACCAAUGAGAGAGCUCUCUCUCUCUCUCUCUCUCUCUGCAGUGUGGUUGGUAGGUAGAUUUGGGCUCUAUGGUUUAGAAUAGAGCUCCACUCUCUCUCUCUCUCUCUCUCUGCAGUGUGAUUGGUAGGUAGAUUUGGGCUCUAUGGUUUAGAAUAGAGCUUCUCUCUCUCUACAGUGUGGUUGGUAGGUAGAUUUGGGCUCUAUGGUUUAGAAUAGAGCUUCUCUCUCUCUCUACAGUAUGGUUGGUAGGUAGAUUUGGGCUCUAUGGUUUAGAAUAGAGCUCCUCUCUCUCUCUCUCUCUACAGUGUGGUUGGUAGGUAGAUUUGGGCUCUAUGGUUUAGAAUAGAGCUCCUCUCUCUCUCUCUCUCUCUACAGUGUGGUUGGUAGGUAGAUUUGGGCUCUAUGGUUUAGAAUAGAGCUCCUCUCUCUCUCUCUCUACAGUGUGGUUGGUAGGUAGAUUUGGGCUCUAUGGUUUAGAAUAGAGCUCCUCUCUCUCUUUCUCUACAGUGUGGUUGGUAGGUAGAUUUGGGCUCUAUGGUUUAGAAUAGAGCUCCUCUCUCUCUACAGUGUGGUUGGUAGGUAGAUUUGGCCUCUAUGGUUUAGAAUAGAGCUCCUCUUUCUCUCUCUACAGUGUGGUUGGUAGGUUAUUUGGGCUCUAUGGUUUAGAAUAGAGCUCCUCUCUCUCUCUCUCUCUACAGUGUGGUUGGUAGGUAGAUUUGGGCUCUAUGGUUUAGAAUAGAGCUCCUCUCUCUCUCUCUCUCUACAGUGUGGUUGGUAGGUAGAUUUGGGCUCUAUGGUUUAGAAUAGAGCUCCUCUCUCUCUCUCUCUCUCUACAGUGUGGUUGGUAGGUAGAUUUGGGCUCUAUGGUUUAGAAUAGAGCUCCUCUCUCUCUCUUUCUCUACAGUGUGGUUGGUAGGUAGAUUUGGGCUCUAUGGUUUAGAAUAGAGCUCCUCUCUCUCUACAGUGUGGUUGGUAGGUAGAUUUGGCCUCUAUGGUUUAGAAUAGAGCUCCUCUUUCUCUCUCUACAGUGUGGUUGGUAGGUUAUUUGGGCUCUAUGGUUUAGAAUAGAGCUCCUCUCUCUGUCUCUCUACAGUGUGGUUGGUAGGUAGAUUUGGGCUCUAUGGUUUAGAAUAGAGCUCCUCUCUCUCUACAGUGUGUUUGGUAGGUAGAUUUGGGCUCUAUGGUUUAGAAUAGAGCUCCUCUCUCUCUCUCUACAGUGUGGUUGGUAGGUAGAUUUGGGCUCUAUGGUUUAGAAUAGAGCUCCUCUCUCUCUACAGUGUGGUUGGUAGGUAGAUUUGGGCUCUCUGGUUUAGAAUAGAGCUCCUCUCUCUACAGUGUGGUUGGUAGGUAGAUUUGGGCUCUCUGGUUUAGAAUAGAGCUCCUCUCUCUACAGUGUGGUUGGUAGGUAGAUUUGGGCUCUCUGGUUUAGAAUAGAGCUCCUCUCUCUACAGUGUGGUUGGUAGGUAGAUUUGGGCUCUCUGGUUUAGAAUAGAGCUCCUCUCUCUACAGUGUGGUUGGUAGGUAGAUUUGGGCUCUCUGGUUUAGAAUAGAGCUCCUCUCUCUACAGUGUGGUUGGUAGGUAGAUUUGGGCUCUAUGGUUUCGAAUAGAGCUCCUCUCUCUCUCUCUCUCUGCAGUGUAGUUGGUAGGUAGAUUUGGGCUCUAUGGUUUAGAAUAGAGCUCCUCUCUCUCUCUGCAGUGUAGUUGGUAGGUAGAUUUGGGCUCUAUGGUUUCGAAUAGAGCUCCUCUCUCUCUCUCUCUCUACAGUGUAGUUGGUAGGUAGAUUUGGGCUCUAUGGUUUGAAGGUUAGAACAAAUAACCGUACAGAAUAAGACAUGUAUGUUUUUAAAUAGCUGGUAUCUAUUCAUGUUAAUUAGACAUUUCAAUCUUAAUACUAGACUUUCUUCUAGUAUUUGUGUUCAGUAAUAAUCGUAUGUUUCACUUACUGCGGGUACAGUUGUACUCCAUGUUAUUAUUUAGGUAUCUUCAGUCAUAUUCUCUCUGGGAGCAGCCAGCUAGCCUGCUAUACUGCUCUAUCUGAUCAGUUGGGAGUAUAAUCUGCAACGUUAACGUGACGUCUCUGCAACGUUAACGUGACGUCGCUGCAACGUUAACGUGACGUCGCUGCAACGUUAACGUGACGUCGCUGCAACGUUAACGUGACGUCGCUGCAACGUUAACGUGACGUCGCUGCAACGUUAACGUGACGUCGCUACAACGUUAACGUGACGUCGCUGCAACGUUAACGUGACGUCGCUACAACGUUAACGUGACGUCGCUGCAACGUUAACGUGACGUCGCUACAACGUUAACGUGACGUCUCUACAACGUUAACGUGACGUCUCUACAACGUUAACGUGACGUCGCUACAACGUUAACGUGACGUCGCUACAACGUUAACGUGACGUCGCUACAACGUUAACGUGACGUCGCUACAACGUUAACGUGACGUCGCUACAACGUUAACGUGACGUCGCUACAACGUUAACGUGACGUCGCUACAACGUUAUUAAUAAUCCCUGGUACAGGAUGCGACAGCGUUUUUGUGUGUUUUUUCAUGACUGAAUAAGAGAAAGGAAUGAAACAACCAGCCAGAGAGAUGGACCCAGACUCAACCACACGCUGAUCAGGAUUCUGUUGAGAAGGUUUCUUUCAUUUAGUAUUUUCGAUGUUGUUUCUUCUUCUCUGAUGAACAACUGUGUUGUGUAGUGGUAGAUAGCGGUAGGUAGCGGUAGGUAGCUGUAAUUAGCGGUAGGAAGCUGUAAUUAGCGGUAGAUAGCGGUAGGUAGCUGUAGGUAGCUGUAAUUAGCGGUAGGUAGCUGUAAUUAGCGGUAGGUAGCUGUAAUUAGCGGUAGGUAGCUGUAAUUAGCGGUAGGUAGCUGUAAUUAGCGGUAGGUAGCUGUAAUUAGCGGUAGGUAGCUGUAAUUAGCGGUAGAUAGCGGUAGGUAGCUGUAAUUAGCGUUAGAUAGCGGUAGGUAGCUGUAGGUAGCUGUAAUUAGUGUUAGGUAGCGGUAGGUAGCUGUAGGUAGCUGUAAUUAGCGGUAGGUAGCGGUAGUUAGUGGUAGGUAGGCUGCGGCGGGUUGUGAAACUGACUUGUUUUAAUAACUCCUUUACUUCCUGUAUCGAGACAGCAGACAUUCCUUCCUGUAGGAAACCUAGUACAGGAGGUUCAUUCUUCUCAGUAUAGCUACUAACUUAUUAACGGAAAGGUGGUGAUUAAGGUUGUGAAAUUCCAGAAAUGGUUCCAAAAUUCCCAGAUUUCCCGGAAAUUCCAGUUGGAAGAUUCUGGAAAAUUCAGAGAUCCUCCAACCAACUAGAAUUUCUGGGGGAAAAAGUCACUGGAAAUGUACAACCCUAGUGGUGAUUGAUAACCUAUGAGGUGCUAGAACAUGAUAAAGCUCUAAGGGUUUAUGAAGCACUAUCCAUCUUAACGCUUUAAAACCCUUCAUACGUGUCCUUACAUUCCAUCACCCCAACUCAUAUCCUUUUGGACAUUUAGCAUAUUUACAUUGACUAAAGCUACACUUCCUAAAUGCUACCCCAUUUCCUAGGCAGUGCCCUACGUUUGACCAGCCCUUCAUCUCCUCAGAGGAAGACGAGCAGAAAUGAGAGCCAAGGCCAGGCGGGCUUACAUGGGAACGGACUCUUUUGACAAUAUACUCUUUUGGUGCUUUUCUCAAACGUGUCUGUCCAAAAGUAGUGCACUAUGUAGGGAAUAGGGAACCAUUUGGGAUGGAGCUGAAAACAUAUUCUCUGAGAGCCGGGAUCCAGCUGCCAGUCAGCUGUUGUUAUUGUUGUUGUUAUUGACUUUUAAUGUUUAAUGAGUUUAGAUGUAAAGAAACUCUUCUAAUCUAUAGUAGUUCAUAACAGAUGAAUGAUUGGUCUGUACUUUCUGUAAAUGUCACGAGAAAAUGUUUUAUUUAGGCCAUUGUGGUGAAAUGAACUGUCAUUUUUAAUGCAUGAACACAGAGGGAAGGGGACACUAGUGUCCUGAAGUCAUUUAUCCUAAAACACAUUUCAUUACCGUCACUAGGUAGUAGUAGGGUUGCUAAUUUCUAAUACCUUUUUCCUAAAAAUUCCCAGGUUUUCUAAAAAAAAAACAAAUCCCGGUUGGAAGGAUUCCCAGGAUCAGGAAAAGCAAAAUCUGGGCGUUUUUGGGAAAGUUAACAGAACUUUGGAGUCUCUGACUUGUUCUGCUUCGGGCAACACAAUUCCCUACACGGCUGUAGGAAAAUCACUUCAUGACAAACUCUUUUUUUUUUUAUAUAGGUAACUAUAAGACCAUCAUUACGCUGUGCGUAACGAAAUGUACAGAGAAGAUAAUCAUAGGUAUUUUUGGAGGAUCAAUGAAUUUGUUAAUGACAUGUAGCUAUUUAAUUUCCCUUUCUUUCUUUUUGUCCAAUCAUGCAUUUUUAUAACUUUUUGUUUUUGGUGUAAAAAAAAGUUUUUUUUUUUUUUUUUUUUUUUUUUAGAUGUUUUUUUAAAAUAUUUUUUAAAGGUUAAAGUGCAGGAACACCAUUUAUUAUAUGAAAACACUGCAUUGAUGAUAGCCACUUGUGUAUUUUGAUGAUAGCCACUUGUGUAUUUUGAUGAUAGCCACUUGUGUAUUUUGGCAGUUAUAAUGUAGCAUAAAGGCUACUCAUCAGACGGUCUACAAAGACAUAACGGUUAUGUCCCAACAAUCACCGGAUUCCCUAUAUAAGGAAUUGUGUCAUUUGUAACCAAUCCUCUUUUAUUUCAACCAUUUGCCUCUUGAACAAAAAUAUAUAGUUUGUUUGACUUCUUUUUGUGAUCGAGAAAUACCAGGUGUAUAAAAUAGCCAGAUGGUCAUCCAACCAAUUUGGGAUAAAGAUGCUACUGUAUUAGCUACGUUAUUUAAUGGAAGAUCCCAGGAAGACUGGCUGUGUGCUUCCGCAUCAAUGAUAUGCAUCCAAAAUGUAUAUUGUACUAGUCAACAGCAGAUACAUAGGGAAUUAGGUACCAUUUCGGGUGCAACCAAUGAGACACUAAAUAUUCCAGUUCCUUCACUUGGAAUCUGCACCAACAUUGUAGUGUUCUGUAUUCUACUGUCCAUGCUGUUAGUAAAUCUGUGUUAAAACCUUCAUUUUGUGGCUUUGUUCCUCCAACUAAAAAGGUUUUGGCAGGCCACCUUUUUUUGUACUUAAGUAGUAUUGAUGAACAAUAAACUGCUCUUAAACCUCAA